UUUGUGUCCAGUGUGGCGUCUGGAGGAGUAUGUGACUCUGCUGCAAGCACUGUCUCUACACACACUCUCCCAACACUCCGAUCACACACAGCUGUCUGGCGUAGUGGACACACUCACCCGCUACAGGGACUUCAUACGCAAGGUAGAACACACACUCACCCAACACUCCGAUCACACACAGCUGUCUGGCGUAGUGGACACACUCACCCGCUACAGGGACUUCAUACGCAAGGUAGAACACACACUCACCCGCUACAGGGACUUCAUACGCAAGGUAGAACACACACUCACCCGCUACAGGGACUUCAUACGCAAGGUAGAACACAAACUCACCCACUACAGGGACUUCAUACGCAAGGUAGAACACAAACUCACCCGCUACAGGGACUUCACACUCAAGGUAGAACACAAACUCACCCGCUACAGGGACUUCAUACUCAAGGUAGAACACAAACUCACCCGCUACAGGGACUUCACAUAGAACACAAACAUAAGCAUCAACACAGACACACCACCCCUGACCAAACCCCAGCUCUAGUCAGAAUUAUAUUAUUAACCCUCUAUCUGUCUCUCGCUCUGUCUCUCGCUCUCUAUCCAUCCAUCCAUCCAUCCAUCCAUCCCAUCCCAUCCCAUCCCAUCCCAUCCCAUCCCAUCCCAUCUCAUCUCAUCUCAUCUCUUUCUCAGCUGAAGAGGAACUCAGAGAAAGCCAUGAGGAUGCAGGAGACCCAGAGAAUGAUCCGGGGCUGUCCAGUAAGCCUCUAGCAUUCUACAACCUAAUAAACUAUACUGAAGAAAAAUAGAAACGCAACAUGUAAAGUGUUGGUUUCAUGAGCUGAAAUAAAAGAUCCCAGAAAUGUUCCAUAUGCACAAAAAGCUUAUUUCUCUCAAAUUUGGUGCACAAAUUUGUUUACAUCCCUGUUAGUGAACAUUUCUCCUUUGCCAAGAUAAUCCAUCCACUUGACAGGUGUGGCAUAUCAAGAAGCUGAUUAAACAGCAUGAUCAUUACACAGGUACACCUUGUGCUGGGGACAAUAAAAGGCCACUCUAAAAUGUGCAGUUUUGUCACACAACACAAUGGCCACAGAUGUCUCAAGUUUUGAGGGAGCAUGCAAUUGGCAUGCUGACUGCAGGAAUGUCCACCAGAGCUGUUGCCAGAGAAUUGAAUGGUAAUUUCUCAACCAUAAGCCGCCUCCAACGUCGAUUUAGAGGAUUUGGCAGUACGUCCAACCGGCCUCACAACCUCAGACCACGUUUAACCACACAAGCCCAGGACAACCACGUCCGGCUUCUUCACCUGCGGGAUCAUCAGAGACCAGCCACCUGGACAGCUGAUGAAACUGUGGGUUUGGACAACCGAAGAAUUUCUGCACAAGCUGUCAGAAACCGUCUCAGGGAAGCUCAUCUGAGUCUUGACCUGACUGCAGUUUGGCGUCGUAACUGACUUCAGUGGGCAAAUGCUCACCUUCAAUGGCCAUUGGCACGCUGGAGAAGUGUGCUCUUCACGGAUGAAUCCCGGUUUCAACUGUACCAGGCAGAUGGCAGACAGCGUGUAUGGCGUCGUGUGGGCGAGCGGUUGCUGAUGUCAACGUUGUGAACAGAGUGCCCCAUGGUGGCGGUGGGAUUAUGGUAUGGGCAGGCAUAAACUACAGACAACGAACACAAUUGCAUUUUAUCGAUGGCAAUUUAAAUACCGUGACGAGAUCCUGAGGCCCAUUGUCGUGCCAUUCAUCCUCCGCCAUCGCUUCAUGUUUCAGCAUGAUAAUGCACGGCCCCAUGUCACAAGGAUCUGUACACAAUUCCUGGAAGCUGAAAAUGUCCCAGUUCUUCCAUGGCCUGAAUACUCACCAGACAUGUCACCCAUUGAGCAUGUUUGGGAUGCUCUGGAACAACUUGUACGACAGUGUGUUCCAGUUCCCGCCAAUAUCCAGCAACUUCGCACAGCCAUUGAAGAGGAGUGGGACAACAUUCAACAGGCCACAAUUAACAGCCUGAUCAACUCUAUGCAAAGGAGAGAUGUCAAGCUGCAUGAGACAAAUGGUGGUCACACCAGAUACUGGCUGGUUUUCUGAUCCACGCCCCUACAUUUAUUUUAAGGUAUCUGUGACCAACAGAUGCAGAUCUGUAUUCUCAGUCAUGUGAAAUCCAUAGAUUAGGGCCUAAUGAAUUUAUUUCAAUUAAAUGAUUUCCUUAUAUGAACUGUAACUCAGUGAAAUCUUUGAAAUUGUUGCAUGUUGCGUUUAUAUUUUUGUUUGUGUACAACUGUAAACUACAACUACCUCUACUAGUGAUGUUGUCAACCAACCCGUCUAUAGGUACUAGUGAUGCACGGGUUGACUCAUAACUCAUAACCUGCAGUCCUGGUGGUUAUAUCCGACUCAUAACUAAUAACCUGCAGUCCUGGUGGUUAUAUCCGACUCAUAACUAAUAACCUGCAGUCCUGGUGGUUAUAUCCGACUCAUAACUCAUAACCUGCAGUCCUGGUGGUUAUAUCCGACUCAUAACCUGCAGUCCUGGUGGUUAUAUCCGACUCAUAACUCAUAACCUGCAGUCCUGGUGGUUAUAUCCGACUCAUAACUCAUAACCUGCAGUCCUGGUGGUUAUAUCCGACUCAUAACUCAUAACCUGCAGUCCUGGUGGUUAUAUCCGACUCAUAACUCAUAACCUGCAGUCCUAGUGGUUAUAUCCGACUCAUAACCUGCAGUCCUGGUGGUUAUAUCCGACUCAUAACCUGCAGUCCUGGUGGUUAUAUCCGACUCAUAACUCAUAACCUGCAGUCCUAGUGGUUAUAUCCGACUCAUAACCUGCAGUCCUGGUGGUUAUAUCCGACUCAUAACUCAUAACCUGCAGUCCUGGUGGUAUAUCCGACUCAUAACUCAUAACCUGCAGUCCUGGUGGUUAUAUCCGACUCAUAACCUGCAGUCCUGGUGGUUAUAUCCGACUCAAACUCAUAACCUGCAGUCCUGGUGGUUAUAUCCGACUAAUAACUCAUAACCUGCAGUCCUGGUGGUUAUAUCCGACUCAUAACUCAUAACCUGCAGUCCUGGUGGUUAUAUCCGACUCAUAACCUGCAGUCCUGGUGGUUAUAUCCGACUCAUAACUCAUAACCUGCAGUCCUGGUGGUUAUAUCCGACUCAUAACUCAUAACCUGCAGUCCUGGUGGUUAUAUCCGACUCAUAACUCAUAACCUGCAGUCCUGGUGGUUAUAUCCGACUCAUAACUCAUAACCUGCAGUCCUGGUGGUUAUAUCCGACUCAUAACUAAUAACCUGCAGUCCUGGUGGUUAUAUCCAACUCAUAACCUGCAGUCCUGGUGGUUAUAUCCGACUCAUAACCUGCAGUCCUGGUGGUUAUAUCCGACUAAUAACUCAUAACCUGCAGUCCUGGUGGUUAUAUCCGACUCAUAACUAAUAACCUGCAGUCCUGGUGGUUAAAUCCGACUCAUAACUUAUAACCUGCAGUCCUGGUGGUUAUAUCCGACUCAUAACUAUAACCUGCAGUCCUGGUGGUUAUAUCCGACUCAUAACUCAUAACCUGCAGUCCUGGUGGUUAUAUCCGACUCAUAACUCAUAACCUGCAGUCCUGGUGGUUAUAUCCGACUCAUAACUCAUAACCUGCAGUCCUGGUGGUUAUAUCCGACUCAUAACUCAUAACCUGCAGUCCUGGUGGUUAUAUCCGAUCAUACUAUAACCUGCACGUGUAUAUCCGCAUAACCAACGUCACCUGGUGGUUAUAUCCGACUCAUAACUCAUAACCUGCAGUCCUGGUGGUUAUAUCCGACUCAUAACUCAUAACCUGCAGUCCUGGUGGUUAUAUCCGACUCAUAACUAUAACCUGCAGUCCUGGUGGUUAUAUCCGACUCAUAACCAUAACGCAGUCCUAGUGGUUAUAUCCGACUCAUAACUCAUAACCUGCAGUCCUGGUGGUUAUAUCCGACUCAUAACCUGCAGUCCUAGUGGUUAUAUCCGACUCAUAACUCAUAACCUGCAGUCCUGGUGGUUAUAUCCGACUCAUAACCUGCAGUCCUGGUGGUUAUAUCCGACUCAUAACUCAUACCUGCAGUCCUAGUGGUUAUAUCCGACUCAUAACCUGCAGUCCUGGUGGUUAUAUCCGACUCAUAACCUGCAGUCCUGGUGGUUAUAUCCGACUCAUAACUAUAACCUGCAGUCCUAGUGGUUAUAUCCGACUCAUAACCUGCAGUCCUGGUGGUUAUAUCCGACUCAUAACCUGCAGUCCUGGUGGUUAUAUCCGACUAAUAACUCAUAACCUGCAGUCCUGGUGGUUAUAUCCGACUCAUAACUAAUAACCUGCAGUCCUGGUGGUUAAAUCCGACUCAUAACUUAUAACCUGCAGUCCUGGUGGUUAUAUCCGACUCAUAACUCAUAACCUGCAGUCCUGGUGGUUAUAUCCGACUCAUAACUCAUAACCUGCAGUCCUGGUGGUUAUAUCCGACUCAUAACUCAUAACCUGCAGUCCUGGUGGUUAUAUCCGACUCAUAACUCAUAACCUGCAGUCCUGGUGGUUAUAUCCGACUCAUAACGCAUAACCUGCAGUCCUGGUGGUUAUAUCCGACUCAUAACUCAUAACCUGCAGUCCUGGUGGUUAUAUCCGACUCAUAACUCAUAACCUGCAGUCCUGGUGGUUAUAUCCGACUCAUAACUCAUAACCUGCAGUCCUAGUGGUUAUAUCCGACUCAUAACUCAUAACCUGCAGUCCUAGUGGUUAUAUCCGACUCAUAACUCAUAACCUGCAGUCCUGGUGGUUAUAUCCGACUCAUAACCUGCAGUCCUGGUGGUUAUAUCCGACUCAUAACCUGCAGUCCUGGUGGUUAUAUCCGACUCAUAACUCAUAACCUGCAGUCCUAGUGGUUAUAUCCGACUCAUAACUCAUAACCUGCAGUCCUAGUGGUUAUAUCCGACUCAUAACUCAUAACCUGCAGUCCUGGUGGUUAUAUCCGACUCAUAACUCAUAACCUGCAGUCCUGGUGGUUAUAUCCGACUCAUAACUCAUAACCUGCAGUCCUGGUGGUUAAAUCAGCGGGGCGGGCGGGUUUAAGGUCAUUAAAUAUUGUGUGGAUGAAAGGCGGGUGGGUGGCGGGCAGGUUGAAUAAAGAGAAAACAAUGCAUUAAAAACCCAUAAAUAUAUAAUUAUUGUGCUACAUUGAGGUUUUUCUUUCAUUAUUUUUUAUCUGGCAUUAGUGCUUAUAGCCUAUGCUUUAGUGCUAUACGCUCGCCAAAUGCUUGGGGAAAAAGUUAAAUUGAUCAACUGAGGCAAAAAGGACAAUGUUGGAGUUUAAUUCAAGAGAAAAGCUGCGAAAUGGAGAGUUGAAAAUAAAGAGAAGGGAGGACCAGAACAGUUUGGGAAAGAUUUGGUGAAGUGGUAAAAGAGGAUGAUAUCAGUGCCGGCUACGUUAUGUGUGAUGAUUGUGAGGCGCUAUACAAGUUCGACGGUCACAAGACUGGGACUUCAAAAUGGCACGUAAAGGGAACUGUACUGUUCAAAUGGGUUAAAUGGAAUAGUAGUCUAACUGAAAUCUGGACACUGACUAUAACCUCUCACAUAGCCUAAUAUUAACUGCUGCCGAAUUAAGCAUUUCUUGCAGUAAAAUGAUACACCAAAUGUAAAUUUUGACAUGGAACAGGAGUGGAGAAAUAUGAUUUAUUUAUUUCAGCAUCUAGACAGAAUGAAUGCGCGGUUACGGCCACCUGUGAAGGUGCUAUCUUUAUUAGCGUCAUAAACGCUGAUAGUAUUUCAACCACAUAAAAAAUGCAUCCAAGCCGAACUGAAAUCUUAUCAGAAACGUGUUGAGUAGUUUUCACAGCUUUUACAUUUCCUUAAAACCGGACAAACUGAAUUUUGCACGGAAAAAUCUUUUUUUGUUAUUGCAUUUUCUUCCCGGUCCGUAAACAUAUUUGCUGCUUGAGAGAGGCAGAGAUGAAAGAGAGAAACUUUACCGAUGUCAUCUAUAUUGAAGCAUUCAUUCUAUAGAUUUAAGAUAUUAUUCUGGUGAGCAAGGGUUUAUUUAGUAUUCUAGGGUAACAAAGGCAGCGUGUCCAUAAAGCUAAGCUUCUUCUAAAGUAAAUUGAAUUAAAUUGCCAAAAUUAUAUAGCCUAAUUAACCUACUCCUGUCUAUACAUAAAUACAUAAAAUCAUUCAAAAUAGGCUUCUACACCAGAAAGCAUGAUUUGGCCACAGGGGAUCAUUAGCUUCUUUAAAUAAAUAAAAAGCUGUGAAUUGUUUUACAUUUGGGCAGCGUGAGGGGAAACUACCAAAUAGAUGAUUGUUGAGAUGUGACUGUUGACUGUCGGUGAAAAGUAGAGGUCCAGCCAGGAAUAUCGCACUAUUUCAAAAUACAAUCGCGGGAAAACAUAGUUUUGAAAUCAAAUUGCUCUUGCUGUAAAGAGAAGACAAUUAAAAUUCUCUAAUCUGUCUUUUAGUUAUCAAAAUUCCCAACUUAAUUGAGCGAACAGUUUAGCCAAUCUUAUUGGCACAAGCGGAAAUCAUCGGCCAUAUCUCCGGUGAGUGCGCCUAAUCACUCGUUAUCAUUUUUGUGUCAUUGUUGAAAGUUUAUUUUUGAACAAUAAUUUCCUCCUCCCGGUUAGAUGGACAUCAUAUUGUAUUUGUGUCUCCCCAUCUCGUAGGCGUUUUAUAUGGAUCAGACAACGUCGUUUUUAUUGAUCUGUUUGUCAGUGUCAGCAGAGUAGGCUACACUAAUUUUUUUUCAUAUUAAAAAAAUAUUCUGCUAAUGUCUCCACAGAUAAAGUGCAGUAGAAUUGCAUGAAAUGUGUUGCUAAAAGGCAAAAAAAAUUAAAAAAAAGGAGAAGAAGAAACGUAUCUGAUAUAAAAUAAAACAUCAAUGUAAAUGUUAUUUGUCACAUGCUUCGUAAACAACAGGUGAAGGCUAACAGUGAAACGCUUACGGGUCCUUUUCCAACCAUGCCGAGUAAAAGAUGAAAAUGAUUUUUUUUUUUAUUGAAAUGGUGACACGAGGAGUAAAUACACAGUGAAUAACAAUGAGGAGUACGCAUGACUAAGUCGCAUUGGAUAAAAGCGUCUGCUAAAUGGCAUAUUAUUAUUAUUAUUAUAGGAGUAAAAAAUAACAUGGCUAUAUACAGGCCUGUAGCCCAUAGCCUACUCUAUGGAGGACUAAAAGUGCCACAAUUAAAUAAAUAAAUACACCAUUAAAUAAUUACUUAAAUGUGUCAUUAAUUAAUUAAAAUUAGAAUUAAAUACAUAAAUGUGUUAUUAAAUGUGUCAUUAAUUAAUUCAAAUACCGAUUCAUUUUAUGUAAAAUACAUAUAUAAUAAUUUCACUAUUUACAUUUACAUUUCAUGGUCCUGCGUUGGAGUGCUUCCUGAAUUACUUAAAACUGUCAAACUGACCCAUCAAAAGUUGGUAGGCGGAACCUAACGCCUGAUUGGUUACCCUCUGCAUCAAGCCAAGACAAAUCAAUUCCGGAUAAUGUCAGCAGGUCCUGCUUCUACAUCCUCUGCUAAGUUUAAAAUGUCUCUAACCAACUCCCUGGAAAGUUCACGGAGAUCCUCCAUUGUCUCUAUCCAGGUUGGCCUACUCUACUUCAGACCAAAGCAAUGGAUCAGACUAGAUUCGCGUUAGCCCCGCCCACUGACUUUGAUGGGUCAGUUUGACAGUUUUAAGUAAUUCAUGAAUCACUGCAAUGCAGGAUCAUGAAAUGUAAAUGUAAAUAGUGAAAUAAUUAUAUAUGUAUUUUACAUAAAAUGAAUCGGUAUUUGAAUUAAUUAAUGAUACAUUUAAUUACACAUUUAUGUAUUUAAUUCUAAUUUGAAUUAAUUAAUGACACAUUUAAGUAAUUAUUUAAUGGUGUAUUUAUUUAUUUAAUUGUGGCACUUUUAGUCCUCCAUACUACUCUACCGCUCAGCCAUGGUAUUUUUGUAUUAGGCUAAAUUAGGACUAUCCAAUCUACUCAUCACAUUUAAGUCUGCAAAUGCGAUGAUGCUUGGAAUGCUUUAUUAUAAAGGUGCAUUUUUUUAUAGUGAAAAUUAGCUUCCCCAAAUUUGAAACUGGGGCGCAGCCUAUGGCAACAAGUAAUGACAGAAGAGAAGCUGCAUGUGUCUAAUUAUAGACAAGUUGACUAACAAAUAGCCUACCAAAAUGUUGGAAAUUAUAAGCAGAAACAUAGGGCUAUCUCAAAAGGCUUGUCCAAAAAUCGCUCCGCCAUCUCUGACUGUACAGCGCAUUUUCAAUAUUAGCGGGUUAGGGUCAAGUGCCGGCCUCAGAUUUUCACUUUAUCACAUAUGCCGAUGGGUUAUUAGCAAUUGCGGGAGGGUGCGGGUAAACAAACACCUGACCCGCCCAUCACUAACCUACUGUCUCAGUAAACCAAAAAGUUGUGAUUCGAUAAUGUGUGUGUGUGUGUGUGUGUGUGUGUGUGUGUGUGUGUGUGUGUGUGUGUAGAACCUUUGUGAGGGGAGCAGACAGCUGAUCACCACUCAGGAUGCAGCUCUGCUUAAAUGCCCCAGUGAUGACAUCACAGCCUCGCUCAGGUAAGAACCCUCAAUAGCCUUUGAUGUGAAUAUGCCUGCAUUCUCAUCUCUGUGUGAUACUAACAGUGUGUGUGUGUGUGACAGGAUGUAUGAACACGUUUCUGACGUGGGUCUGUUCUUGUUCAACGACGCAAUGGUUCUGACCGAGAGGAGUGUGUGUCACCGGCCCUUCACACACACACACUGCGACACACACACCUUCCUGGCCUCCGUCGCCCUGCACAGCCUCACCCUCAGAGAGAUCACAGACACGCGCUGUGAGUACACACACACACACACACACACACACACACACACACACACACACAUAUAUAUAUAUAUAUAUACACACACAUACUGUACACUGUACACAGUUUAUUAGGUACACCAUCCCUUUCGCGAAAAUGGUUUGCUCCUACAGAGUGAUUCACGUGGCUUGCUAUAUAAAGCAGGCAGACAGGCAUCCAGGCAUUCAGUUACUGUUCGAUUGAACGUUAGAAUGGGCAAAACGAGUGACCUAAGCGACUUUGAGUGUGGCGUGAUCGUCGGUGCCAGGCGCGCCGGUUCCAUUAUCUCAGAAACGGACGGCCUCCUGGGCUUUUCACUCACGACAGUGUCUAGAGUUCACCGAGAAUGGUGCGACAAACAAAAAAACAUCCAGUCAGCGGCAGUCCUGUGGGCGAAAACAGCUGGUUGAUGAGAGGUCGAAGGAGAAUGGGAUGAAUCAUGCAAGCUAACAGUCAGGCCACAAACAGGCAAAUAACGGCACAGAACGCACAACUCGGCGGUCCAUGUCACGGAUAGGCUAUUGCAGCAGACGACCACACCGGGUUCCACUCCUAUCAGCUAAAAACAAAAAGAAGCGGCUCCAGUGGGCACGCCAUCACCAACACUGGACAAUUGAGGAGUGAAAAAACUUUGCUUGGUCCGACGAAUCCCGGUUCCUGUUCCGUCAUGCUGACGGCAGAGUCAGGAUUUGGCGUAAGCAGCAUGAGUCCAUGGCCCCAUCCUGCCUGGUGUCAACGGUACAGGCUGGUGGUGUAAUGGUGUGGGGAAUGUUUUCCUGGCACACGUUAGGUCCUUUGAUACCAAUUGAGCAACAUUUUCAUACCCCAAAGAAUUCAGGCUGUUCUGGAACAACGAUGGGUCCGACCCGGUACUAGAUGGGUGUACGUAAUAAACUGGCCACUGAGUGUGUGUGUGUACAGUACCAGUCAAAAGUUUGGACACACCUAAUCAUUCAAGGGUUUUUCUUUAUUUUUACUAUUUUCUACAUUGUAAAAUAAUAGUGAAAGAUUUUAGAUUCUUCAAAGUAGCCACCCUUGCCUUGAUGAUAGCUUUGCACACUCUUGGCAUUCUCUCAACCAGCUUCAUGAGGUAGUCACCUGGAAUGCAUUUCAAUUAACAGGUGUGCCUUGUUAAUUUGUGGAAUUUCUUUCCUUCUUAAUGUGUUUGAGCCAAUCAGUUGUGUUGUGACAAGGUAGUGGUGGUAUACAGAAGAUAGCCCUAUUUGGUAAAAGACCAAGUCCAUAUUAUGGCAAGAACAGCACAAAUAAGCAAAGAUAAAUGACAGUCCAUAAUUACUUUAAGACAUGAAGGUCCGUCAUGUCUGGUACUGUAAAUACACACAGACACACUCACAAUGAAUGCAUUAAUGCACUAGAUUCAUUUCUCUUUCUCUUCAUUCCUCCUUUCCCUCUCCCUCCCUCCCUCCUCCCUCUCCCUCCCUCCUCCCUCCCUCCUCCCUCUCUCUCUCCCCGUCCCUUUCUCUCUUCCCCUCCCUCCCCCUCCCUCCUCCCUCUCUCUCUCCCCCUCCCUUUCUCUCUUCCCCUCACUCCUCCCUCUCUCUCUCUCCACCCUCCCUUUCUCCCCCCUCCCCCCUGUCUCACUGUAGAUGUGUGUAAUGGGUUUGUCCUGGAGGGUCCUAGUCGUGUCUGGGUGUGUGCUACAGAGAGGGAGGAGGACAAGGAGAGGUUCCUCUGCACCCUGCGUUCAGCCAUACACACUGCCAUCACAGAGACAUAG